CUACUCACUAGUUAACAUUAUUUAUAUUUAAGUAAAGUGGAGUUUGAAACCACCACCACCAUCGGCUCCGCCACAACCACCACUGCCGCCGAUCAACAUCCGAUGACUCAAGUUAGCAGCGGCCUGCCCUGCGAUGGCGAUGGCCUAUGCAUGGUCUGCAAGACCAAGCCUCCUCCACAUGACACCCUCACUUGCAAGACUUGUAUUACUCCUUGGCAUCUCCCGUGCCUCUCUUCCGACCGGAGGCCGGAAUCCAUGGCCAGUGCUGCUCUCUGGGACUGUCCAGACUGCGACCAGCAAGAACAACAACAACCCGUAUCCUCUCUUGUGCCACCUCCUCGUGCUGAUGCUUCUUCAGCCGAUUUGAUUGCCGCCAUCCGAGCCAUCCAGGCCGACCCUUCUCUCUCCGACCAUGAGAAAGCCAAGCGACGGCAGCAACUGUUGAGCGGAGAAUCAUCCCAUGUCGUUCCCGAUUGUAAUGACGAUGGCGAGAGGAGUAAGAGCAACGAGGUUUUGGAUCUUCUUGACCAGAAGUUGUACUGCUCCAUUUGCAUGCAGCUCCCCGAUAGACCUGUCACGACUCCAUGUGGUCACAAUUUUUGCUUGAAGUGCUUUCAAAAGUGGGUCAGCCAGGGGAAGCACACCUGUGCGAAUUGCCGCAACGCCAUUCCAGCCAAGAUGGCAAGAGAGCCUAGAAUUAAUUCUGCACUUGUCUUUGCUAUUCGAACAGCCAAGAUGUUCAAUUCUAGUGCUCCAGGGGGGCUGCCAAAGGUGGCUCAUUUUAUUCACAAUCAAAGUCGUCCUGACAAAGCAUUUGUCACUGAACGCGCAAAAAAAUCUGGAAAGGCUAAUGCCUGUAGUGGAAAGAUUUUUGUCACAAUUCCUCAUGAUCAUUUUGGACCAAUUCCACCAGAAAACGAUCCUGAAAGGAACCAGGGUGUGAUGGUCGGAGAGACUUGGGAGGAUCGAAUGGAAUGCAGGCAAUGGGGUGCUCACUUUCCUCAUGUUGCUGGAAUUGCUGGACAGUCAGAUUAUGGUGCCCAGUCAGUUGCACUAUCUGGAGGGUACGAGGAUGAUGAAGACCAUGGUGAGUGGUUCCUCUACACUGGAAGUGGAGGAAGAGAUCUUAGUGGCAAUAAAAGGACAAACAAGACACAGUCUUUUGAUCAGAAGUUUGACAAGCUCAAUGAAGCAUUACGGGUCAGUUGUCGUAAAGGCUAUCCAGUUCGAGUUGUGAGAUCCCACAAGGAGAAACGUUCCUCUUAUGCACCAGAGAAAGGAGUAAGAUAUGAUGGAGUUUACAGGAUUGAACAAUGUUGGCGUAAAGUUGGGAAGCAAGGUUUUUUGAUGUGUCGGUAUUUGUUCGUUCGUUGUGAUAAUGAACCUGCUCCGUGGACAAGUGAAUCUCAUGGGGAUCGUCCAAGGCCUCUGCCUAGCAUCAAGGAGUUGAAAGAUGCUCCUGAUAUUACAACAAGAAAGGGAACACCUGCCUGGGAUUAUGAUGAGAAAAGAUGUUGCUGGAUGUGGAAGAAGCCUCCUCCAGACAGUCGAGUCCAAGUUGAUGAUGAUUGUGAUGAAGAGGGAAAUAAAACUAGGAAAGUUAGACGUCAGAAGAAGUUAUCUGUGAAAGAAAGGCUUUUGAAAGAAUUUGGCUGCCUUAUUUGCCACAAAGUGAUGGUCGACCCCCUUACAACACCAUGUGCUCAUAACUUCUGCAAGGCAUGCCUGGAAGGUGCCUUUGCAGGUCAAUCUUUCAUAAGACAGCGGACAUGCGAGGGAAGACGAACUUUACGUGCACAGAAGAAUAUCAUGAAAUGCCCAUCUUGCAAAAAUGACAUAUCUGAAUUCCUUCGGAAUCCCCAGGUAAACAGGGAGUUGAUGGAUGUGAUAGAAUCACUUAAGCAUGAGAUUGAAGAAGACAAUGUGGAGUGUGGUGAACAAAUUGAUGAUUGUAAAGAAGACACAGAAGCAGCGUUAUCUGAAGAUGCUGAUGUUAGAGUUACAAGUCUAGAUUUAAUUGAAGAGGCUGAAGGCACGGAUGCAAAAUUAGAUAUGCUUGCUGGAGAUAAAGAGAAUUGUGAUGUAAAUUCUGGAGGUUUGGAGGUGGUGAAGGAUAAGACUGAAGGCAUUGUUAAAUCUCUUAAUGAUAGUAAAUCCCGGGAAAAGCUGAAGAAAGCCAGCAAUGCUGAGAUAUCACCAAAUAAAUUCAUAGAUAAGUCUGAAGCUGCGAAAAGCAAACUUGCCAAGUCUAAACUGUCUGAAGGCAAGACUAGGAACAAGAGAAAGACUGGUGAUGGUAAUGUCUCAGCCAGUUUGGAUGGUGGUGUGAAGACCAGAAGUAAAAGAAGUAAGGCAGGGCCGGAUGAGGAUAAUUGUGCAUAGUUGCCAUCGCUCGGGGAGUAAUUCUCUUUGGCAUGGUUAGUCUGAUUAAUUUGUAACUCUGUUUUAUCCCUUUGCUGAGUCGUGUACUGGAGAUUUUUUGGGGCUUCGGUGUAAUUUGGAGAAAGCUGGGUUGGGCAAGUUAAGGUGGUUGACUAUUUCUGCGUGUUGGCAAGUUUGGAGACUCAAUGCUGAAAGGUUUUCUGGAGCUACAAUGUACAAUGUUUUGAUGCUUCGCUUCUAUAACUUGUUGGAAGUGAAUGCCUCUUGGUUGGCUUUUGAUGACGGAAUUUUCUCUUAACUGUUCUGUUAACCAACUAUUUGAGCAUUUGAGCAAGGCAAA